GUUUUAGCAUAUCCCUUCCCUUCCCUUGCCUUUUCUCGCUGAUUAGCCAUCCCCAACGCCUACCUCUCAAAUCAAAUCUCUUCGAUUUCCUGAGCUCAUAGCCCGAUACUGAAUCUCGAAACCUCGCCAUAUUGAGAAUGGCCGACAAUUGUGGGUUCAUAUCCUGUGAGAAGCUGGAUCGCGCCGCCAAUUGGCUCGGUACCAGCAUGGCCUCCGCCUUCUUCGCAUCCUUGGAACGAUGCUCUUGUAUCAACCUCAGCACCAUCGAUAACGACGAUGACGACGACGCUUCCGAACGCCCUCUCAUGCUUACCAAGCCCAUUUCUCACGUCGCCUCUGAGGCCGACUCUCAACCUACUGAUUCCGCCCACCUUCAUCAUGCGUGACGAUGGUUCUCAUCAGUAGCUCUGUCAGUUUUUCUUUUUUCGCAAUUCACUGAUCUAAUAAUUUUCUUUUGUGUAUAUAAUGUCCGAUUCGCUGCUGGGUUUUCAGUUUUUUUUUUUUUUCGCCCUCUUUCUUUUCUGUUUGCGGAGUUGUAAGGUUAUUGUUUAUGCCAACCCCUUGAAUGUGAAUAUUUUUGUUUCAACACGUUAGUGGGAAGAGUUUAUCCCCAAUUUCAGCAA